CCUCUCUCUUUCUCUCUCUCUCUCUCUCUCUGAAAAUAAUAUUACAACACACAAACACAUUGCUAGUCCAGCUUUUUUCUUGCCUCCUUCUUUCACAGCCUGUCAAGCUUGAAUUAUUAACACCAUGAUUAUAUUUUUUUAGUAAGAGCGCUCCUAGUUGUUUCUUUAAGGAAAGUGAACACCUGGUCCAUGGCAUAACAAGAGAUAAUUUUGCUGGUGCCUGCUCAGUUGUUUUCCGAUUUCGCCACAGUUAUACUACUUAGAUAGCUCCGUCCAUUUUCACCAAAAAAAUUAGUCAUGGUUGUUGCCCUUUGAGGUGAUUAGUUCCUUUUCUUCGGUAUUCCUGACUUUUGCUUAUCGACAAUAUUGACUUAUGGAUGAAAAGAGAUGCUUGAGUGAGAAAUAUGUUCAAUGAACCUCUUUGUAGAGAACCACAAUCCGGCAACUUUUUCUUGCAGGCAUGGGAACCAAACUUGAGUGUGCGGUAAAUCCGUUAGCAACUUCACAAAACAGCAACAGCUGCAGCUUUACUGUGCAUUUCGUGGAUGACUAUUUCCGAACAAGAACGCUGAAGGAGAAUUGUCAAAAGAUUGGAUUGGAAAGGUCUGGCAGCUGCAUGGACAGGAUGCUGGAAAGGCACAACAUGGAGUCCAUCAGAAAGACGAUGGAGAUGCAUGAAGAUACCUUCAAACACCAGGUACGAGAACUUCACCGGCUGUAUAGUGUCCAAAAGAUGCUGAUGGAUGAGGUGAAGAAAGAAAUCAAGCAAAAUAGAUUUUGGACUACUCCUAUGACUAGCUUUGAUGUUAACCAAUCUCACUUCAUUAACCAGCAGCAGUUGACAGCGCAAACGACUUGUGGGUACAAUUUCCAUGUUCAAGGUGAUCCAAGCUCAAGGGAGAGGAGCGGCAGUUGCUCUGGUGACACCAUGAAAGUUGCAAGGGGCUUUGAUCUCGAGAGGCCAGCUGAGGAAGACAUCUCGGCUGAAGUCAGCGCCGUUGAUCAUGAAGACCAAGUAGGGCGUAGCUCCCUCAUGCACUCCAGAAUCAACCAGAUGAGAAUCGAAGGCUCCGAUGAAGAUAGUGAAGUUGAACUGACACUAAGCAUUGGAGGCAGCUCAAGCAAGAAGACACCAACGAACUCCAAGCCUCAUAGCCAAGAAUUAGGAUGUAAUAAUUCUCAGUCAAUUCAUAAGGAAACUAGGGAGCUUCAUUCUUCGGCUUCGUUUAAAUCAGAGAGGCGAGAGGAUUGCAGUGGCCCCAACACUCCAAUGAGCAGUUCUAGCGCAACAUUCGAUCAGGACAGGAAACGACCACAUUGGCUUUUCCAAGGUUUAAGCAUAAACAGGACUUGAAACCGUUGAACAAACAAAUUUUUUUUUUAACUUAAUUUGUAUGUGUGUAUCCUUUCCAACUCCGCAUGGACCCUUGAUCAAAUUUACGUGGUUCAUGACUUGAGAUCAUUCCUAAUUUUUACUUUUUCCGACUUUAACCUAAUAAUAAAUACAAUUCGAGGCACCCAUGUUUGGGGUGUAAAUUGCUAGUUGUAAA